ACGAAAAUUACUGUCCCACCACCAACCUCCGCCCCUGCUGCCAGUCAUGCCACUGACAGACGUGCAACACUCUAGAUGUUACAGUCAGAUCUCAUAAAAGAGAGACCAUCUGACUUAACCAUCAUUUCGGCCGACGGUGUUUGAUGUGGAUGCGAUAAACGCCGACACCUCCACGGUUCGGUGGAUCUGCUUGCUGGCGUAUGUAUGGGAGUGAAGUAGGGAAAGCGAGGAGAAGAAGAGGAGGUUUGAUUUGUCUAGAGGUACUCAGUGGGAGGAGCCAUGGCUGAGGGGGAGGGGGAGUUCUACAGUGUGCAGGUGGGUGACUCCACCUUCACCGUGCUCCGGAGGUACCAGCAGCUCCGUGCCAUCGGUUCUGGUGCCCAGGGUAUCGUCUGCUCUGCUCUGGACACCGUCCUUGGCUUCCCAGUUGCGGUGAAGAAAUUGAGCCGACCGUUUCAGAACCAAACCCAUGCAAAGCGAGCAUACAGAGAGCUGGUUCUGCUAAAGUGUGUUAAUCACAAAAAUAUCAUCCGUUUACUUAAUGUCUUCACACCUCAGAAGUCACUGGAAGAAUUCCAGGAUUUGUAUUUGGUGAUGGAGCUGAUGGAUGCUAGUCUUUGUCAGGUGAUCCACAUGGAUCUGGACCAUGAGAGGAUGUCCUACCUGCUCUACCAGAUCCUGUGUGGCAUCAGACAUCUGCACUCAGCUGGAAUCAUUCACAGGGACCUAAAGCCCAGUAACAUAGUAGUGAAGUCGGACUGCACUUUAAAGAUCUUAGACUUUGGGCUGGCCAGGACCGCCUGCACUAACUUCAUGAUGACACCCUACGUGGUGACCAGAUACUACAGGGCACCAGAGGUCAUCCUGGGCAUGAAAUACAAGGAGAAUGUGGAUAUCUGGUCAGUAGGCUGCAUCAUGGGUGAAAUGGUGAAAGGGAGUGUCAUAUUCCAGGGCACUGAUCAUAUUGACCAGUGGAAUAAGGUGAUUGAGAUACUGGGCACCCCCUCUCUGGAGUUUAUGAACCGUUUGAUGGAGACUGUUAGAAACUAUGUGCUGAACAAACCCCAGUUUCCGGGAGUCAGUUUUAAUGAGCUUUUCCCCGACUGGGCCUUUCCUUCAGAAACUGAGCAUGACAAGAUCAAAACUAGUCAAGCGCGUGACCUGCUGUCAAAAAUGCUAGUGAUCGACCCUGAGAGCCGCAUCUCUGUACAGGAGGCUCUUAGUCAUCCCUACAUUCACGUGUGGUAUGACCUAGCUGAGGCUGAUGCGCCUCCUCCACAGAUAUCAGACAAACAGUUGGAGGAGAGGGAACACAGCAUUGAGCAAUGGAAAGAGCUGAUUUAUAAAGAGGUAAUGGACUGGGAGGAGAGGAACAAUAAUGGAGUGCUGAAAGAGGAGUGUUUAGAUGGCACAGUGAACAACAGCACCACUGCCUCCCAGUCCUCCUCUAUUUAUGACAUCUCGUCCAUGUCGACGGAGCAGACACUGGCCUCUGACACCGACAGCUCCUGCAUCGACACUCUCACUGGAGCAUUAGAGGACUGACAGUGAGGCCUGGCUUCCACCUCCCCUGCUCUUCAAACUUAUGUCACAUCCCCUCCCUUGUCUAUGUGGGCCAUGCUGUGAUCUUGACUGAAGAGAACUGUGAUUGCAUGUUCACGUGGCUUCAAGUUUACACUCUUUAUUCUUCGCUCUCACUUUUAAGGGGUCGUUUGUCUUUCUGUUCUUUCUUUUCCAACUCGCAUAUAAAAACGCAGAUGUUUAAUACUAGCUUUUAGAAAUCUUGAUUAUAUUAUACACCAACAACAACCCAGUUUUGCCUUUUCAAUAGGCCUUAUUUAUCCAUUUUACUGUUUAAAGGGAUAGUUCACCUAAAAAUAAACAUGUUUUCAUAAUUUACUCACCCUCAUGUUGUUCCGAACUUGUAUUACUUACUUCCUUCCUUGGAACACAAAAGAAGAUUUUUGAAGAAAAACAAAUAGAAGAAAAUGUUUGUCUGUUCCCAACACAAAGAUAUUAUAUGCCUUCAGAAGACUUAGUAAAUAGUGCACAUGUCAUAUAGACAACGUUUCUGGUUCUUUUCUGUCCUAUUUGAAAUAUGAAAUCUCCCAGUCCCCAUUUGUCGUAAUUGCAUGUAAAAGAGCAACCAGCUACAUUCUUCAAAACAUCUUUUGUGUUCCAGAGAAGAAUGAUUUGUAAUGACAUGAGGGGGACUGAAUGAUGACAGAAUUUUCAUUUGUGGAUGAACUCUCCCUUUAAUCCAUCUUUACUCAUUUCUUUUAGAUUUUUAUAAAAACUACCUUCAUUGAUGGACAAAUAUGAAUUAGAUUACUGUGUUAAAGCAUUCACACAUUCACUUUUACUUUCAUGUGAACUAAUAAUAACUGCCAUCUUUGGAAAGUAACCUACUGCAGCAGCUUGAGUAAUAAUAUUUAGGAUCAAUGCCAUCAUUUAGAGUAUGUCUCCUCUUUCUUUUUCUCUCUGUCUGUGCAAUGUUGCUUUUAUUGCCUUUCAUUUCAUCACCUAAAAGAAGCACAGAUAUGAAUUCUUGGACAACAUUAUAGCUAGUCAGCCCCUCUGGAACAGAUCCCUGUUACAAAUAUAGCUGCAUGAUAUUAACAAAGAACACUUACUAGAAAGACAGACUACAAUCUGUAACAUGCCUGAACACCGCUAGAAUCAGAACAGCAGUGCCUGCCUCUGUACAUAGUCAACGUACACACAUUUUCAUAGAGAAUCUAAUAAUGCGUUUCAGCUGGUUAGGGUGUAGUCAUGUGUGUGUAUAUAUAGGUACAUAGAUUUGGUGUCAAUGUUCAGAUUUACGUUCUUUGUGCUGUGGAAACUCUUUUGCAGCAAAUAUGCUACAAAUAUGUUUUAGCAUAUGUAUUGUAAAAACAACAUACUGCACAUUGAGGUUUUAAAGUGAACAAAAGAGAUACUUUCAUCUGGAUCUAAAAUGUCCUUAUCAAAGCUCCUGCUCAAUGUCAUUCCAAAAGUAAUCAACGCUGGCAAGUUCAUGGCAUAUCUUGUAAGAUUGUACAUUUAAUUGCAUGAGCUAAUGCAAACCAUUGCCUUUUAAUCUCCUUUAAACUUGAAUAGCCCAUAAGAAUGUUGUACGAAGCAAAUCUAUUGUUUCCUUCUCUCUCUCUUUCUCUCUUUUUAAAUUUUUUUUUUUUUAUUGACUUGCAAGUGGGUUUUUAUUAGGGUUGUCCUGAUACAAUUUUUUUUUUAGAACGAGUACAUAUAGUUAAUUUCUGGUACACGCAGAGUCCACAUACCUUUGUUUUUGUUUUUCCUAAACACCAUAUAAACAGUUUAUUUCAGUUUUAUUAUCAAAGUGGUGUUUAAAUAAAUUAAUUCAUUAAAACUUACUUUUAUCAAAUGAAGUGCUUGUAUACCGAACCUAACUGCACAAUCCAAAAUACAACACUGGAGAUAUAUAUUGUCAAAUAAAGUGCUGCAUAACAGAGCGUCACACUGUUAGAUACUCCUCAAGUAUAAUACAAUUAAUACUAAUUUAUUAUUAUAAAUAUAGUAGUAGUAGUAGUAGUGAAUAUUACAUAACUUUACAAUAGUGAUAUAUUUCUGUCAUACUUUUUUCUAUAAAUGUACCUUUUAUUUUGAAGUGUUUCUGUGUUUUGGCCUGGAGCUACCACUCUGGAAAAGCCAGACGCUAUGUGACUUAGUGAUUAUUUAACUACGAAAGGCUGCUAUUUAAUUAAAUAAGUAUGUACUCUGUAUGUGCCUCACACUACCACAUUAAUUUGCACUCUGUUUACUGUCAUCUGCUACAAACAGAGCGCUUUGCUCAUGACAGUGUUUUUAACUGAGGAGCUUGAACUGGAAUGAGCAGCCGGCAUCAGCACAACACUGUCUCCACACAUUCACAAGCACUCAAAUUUGAAUUACAUGCAAACUAUAUAUUUAUCUCAUUAAAUCGCUGCUUUUGUGGUUAAAUAAUGUCACUGGGACAUAACGUGAUUUUAAUUUGUGGGCUGAAAGUUUAUGGAAUGACAUUCGUGUGUCAGAUGGUAUCUGUUUUUGGCAUAGGAGCAUUUUUACCAGUACCGAUACAUGAGCGUGGUAUCGGACCCGUUACCGCUAUCGCUAUCAGGACAUCCCUAGUUUUUAUUUAGUCAUUUUCCUUUAAGUGAAGAUUUAUGUCCUUUCAGUGAAACACUGAAAGAGUUUUCAUGUUAAUUUCAUUUUAUUACACUUCCGCUUGUGUAUUUUUCUUUUGUAUGUGUCUGUUCUACCUUGGUUUGAAAAUUUACUUUUCAGUGAUAUACUACGGCAAAUGCAGCUAGUCAUCAACAUAGAGAGCUUUGGAAAUCUUUACCAGUCAUAUUUAUGAUGGCAUUCAUCUGUCUCUGUGUAAUUGAUCUUCCUGCCCCCCCAUACCCCCCCAGGUUUCAGUUUGUCUGGUACCAUUUUAAAAGUUGCCUGUUGAUAUUUCCAACUAUAUAGUGAUGUUAUAUGUCUUGUACUGUAAAUUAAUUGUUAUGCAUGGAAACACAAGCCCUAUUCAUAAGUCCUCAACAACCUCAAAAACAUGUGGCUUCCUCUGGUUAUAGAAGAUACCAAUGAACUGAAAGCCAGGAGGAUGAUGUGAAUGUGCUUUUGAGCUUCUGUGCCUCCAGGUGCUUCUGAUGGUCUGAAUUAUCAUCAUCAUCACUUUCAUGCCUUAAGCUUCUCACUAUCAGUGCCACUACAGCUUGGCCUGAAGAGCACAAAGCAACUGAUGGUAAUGGACCUACGAUCAAGUUUUGGUUCUUACUUGACAAGCUGGAUGUUUGCUAUCAGAGUACCUUCUCCAUUGUUCUUAGAGUUUUCUAUUGAGCUCAAAAGGAAAGUCCCAUUUCUUGAUCUCAUCGAGGAUAGCUUGUAGCUCAUUUGGUGAUUCACUUUAAUGUAGCACAGUGAUCAUGUGUUACGUUAAUGCAAUAGUGCAUUGUGUUCAUAUAAUUUUUAUCUCAUAGCUACUUGCCCAUUAAUUGUUUUUGUGAGCAGUAGUUUAGGAUCUCUGUGGUGUUAAAUCUCUCAACGAGAGACAAUGAACAAAGCUGGCUCACUUUCUUAAGGGCUUACUUUCUCUUCUUUAGGUGUCUGUUUCCCUUGGGGGAGAAAGUGUGUAAACAUCGAUGUGUGUUUGUUAGUGGCGAUCAUGAAUAGAAGUGUAGUUGGUAAUGACUUGAAUAGAUAACUUUUCAGGUCUUCAAUUACUUAAGAUAUUCUCCAUCAGAUUCCAUCUUCUUAAGUAAACAAUUGUCCUGAUCUUUAAUCAAAAACUCAAUCAAAUACGGUAAGAGGAAUAGAUAUCAACUGCUUUUUCUAGUAAUAUUUGUUUAGCUUUGAAGUGUUUUGUAUUGUCCUGUUUCUUUAGUGCACUGUUAGUGGGCAAUGGUGAGAGCAACCAGUCUUGUUUCUGAAUCGCAAACCUAAAAUAAGAUCAACUAUCUACAAUAAUAGAGAGAGAAUAUUUUUUCUAUGUGAAAGAAAAAAAUUAAAUCAAACAACCGUUACAACUGGUCAAAUAAAAUGCUCAAAUGAAAACACUG